AUGCAAUCGCCAGCGGUGAAGGAGGCUGGGCGCAGGGGCCCGCGGGAGCGAACAGGAAAGGGGUCCCGUGAGGAGCGCGCCAAGGGGCCGCCCGCGGCGGAGCCCCCCAAGCCGGGUUGGGCCCUAUCGCUGGAAGGCCUGGCGGCCAUGCGCCCCCCGCAGCGUCACCGCCACCUGCUCUUCGGGGACCUGCUUGAGGACGUGGGCGUGGCCGCCUCCAUCUUCCCCCGUGAGUCAGUGGAGCUGGGGUACCAUAUGCCCGACCCGCGCGCGUGGACGCAGUCACUCGAGCUGCCCGCAGUGCGCCAGGACAUGCUCCUCGGCGUCCUCAAGGCAGCGGAGGCCCGAGGACGAAUCCGUGCCCUGCGGCUGCGCUACAUCCGCAUGCGGGCGGAGGAGAUCUCGCUCCUCAUCCUGCAGCAGAAGUCCGCGCGCGCCGCCAUCCGGCUGGAGCUGUUCCUGCCGCCGCAGCUGAAGCCAACGCGGAUCCCAGACCCCCUGGACCGUCAAGAGAGGAGGCGCGUGGAGACCAUUCUAGAGGAGAAAGUUGAUGGCAGCAUCUUCCCACGUUGACUGGGACCCCACAAGAUGCGAACGCGCCCCACCCUCCCAUAUAAAGUUCUCAU